AUGGCGCGGCAACCGUCUUCAAGGGCUCCAUUUCCAAUAUCGGUACGAACGUCGAGCAUGAACGCAUACACAACACAAGGCGAGCGGUCACCGCCUAAGGGAGAUAUGGACCUUUAUCAUGCCUUGGUCCCGGAAUCCCCACCGUCUCUUCACGAACUCCGCGUACGAGCCUCGUCGCCUUUACUUGGUCAGAACUAUCGAGCCAAACAACCUUCCUACGUUCCUAUCCCUCCAGAGACCCAACAGAUACGCAAGUCGGGCUCCUGGUCCGAGCUACAUUCUGUCCCCAACGCGCAGAGAUCGGCCUUCCAACCCAAGUCACAGGAAAACAUCGCUUACAACGAUAUAGAUAACAGUUCGAGAGGAAACCCAGGGCCAGACGAAACAUCCCAGAAAAGGGACCAACCGAAGGACCCGAAAAGGAAGACGCGACCGAGCAGAAUUGAUCUUUCUCUUCUCUUUCCGAAGCCAAAGUCUACAGCAGCCCCUCUCCUUUCCCCCCAGCGGUACACGAACUCCCCUUCUCCGGUAGCCUCUGAAUACUCUUCUGCCAAGACGAAAAAGUUCGACAGGACCUCUUCUGUUGCAAAUAGACUCACAAAAGCACCCCCUCGAUCGAGGAGCAACAGUCGGAAGCAGAUGGAGGCAAGGAUCCCCGAAGACGCUCCGCUACCUCCAAUGCCGGCGGAGCGAAAAGUUGUGGACUGGUUUGAUGCUCCUGUGGAGAAAGUCAUCCGAUGUGCUGAGGAAGGCGAUGAGCUCUCUGAGAUGGAUGGUCAACCUCAAGACCCUAGCAGCAUAGCAUCGCCAUCGUCCGAGCGUCGUCAGUCCAAGGACUUGGGAUCUCAAUCGGAAAAGAGCCUACAGCAGAGGACGGCUCAUUCCAAAUCCUCGGAUGAUACGGCCAGGAAAGUAUCGUCCAAUGCUUCUUCAACGUCUCGCAGUGCCGAAACGCAUCUGAGUCCGAAGCCAAUGAAGCCCUUUUCCAAUCGCAUUCGAAGCUCUCUCCAAGCAUGGCAAUCCGAACCGGAUGUGCGUUUGAGUAGCAGUACAAAGAAGGCCGUCUCGAAAAAGGCGAGCAGCAACACCCUGGCGACCUCUGAUCUCACCAAGUGCAGCGUCCUUUAUCUGUCCUCUUCAGAAGAUGAAGACGAGGACGAUGAGGAGCCGGCGAAGCAAGAUGCAUCGAGAAGCGAUUUGCGUGACAGCGUGGCCACAUAUGACGAUUUCGAGCCGGAGAUUUGUACCGCAGAAGCUGUCAUGGCCACCAAGGGACCUACCUUGACUCGCCUUGACAAAAGGCACUCUGUGAGCAGUGCUGGAUCUCGCGGCGCAUCGAAGGGUCAAUCCCGAAGCCGCAAUCUGUCACUCUCAUCCUCGACGGCUAAAUCCUCCAAUUCGGCAAAGAAGAGGGAGUCCCGUGGUUCGGCUGGUAUCCCCGUGAUAUCGGAGCCCGACGAUUUCCAUGAAGGAAUUGUCCCACGACGACAGUCACUUUAUAGCAACUCUAGUUCUGGGAACAGACGAAGCCGGAUUAUUGCGGUGACCCGACAGGAGGAAUCGUGGUUGGAAGCUAUGCGCCAGCGGAAUGGCAGGAUCACGCCCAGUCUUUUCCAAGAACUGCAGCAGAACACCUCUGAUUCCGAGACGGGUUCCGCGUUGUUGUCGCCGCCACCCCCACGAUCGCAUGAUUCCUUCCACAACACCGACACGUCUUUCUUACGGCUGAGUAUGGGAUUUCCAUCCCCUCAGGGAACGGCGACGCCGGCAGAUCAAGGUGCUACCUCCAAAGAAAAAGAAGGCUCCGUGUCUUUGGGCGCAGCGUCUGAUACCGAACAGAGGAACGAUAAUUCCAAUCUCUCUCCCCGUGUCAGCCUGGUCUAUUCCGAUACACACUCCUCCCCCUCCACCACCGGCCACGCCUCGCCCUUGACGCCGACUCUCCCCAUUCAUCGCUUCUCCCCGCAAGGUCCUCCACCCUCCUUUUCACCUCCCGCGGCCCCAGAACCGCCGCGACGCCAUUCCAGAAGGCGAACCGAUAGUAGUGAGGCUAUUGUCCUGAAUGAAUCAGAGAACACCAAGAGACAAGAGCCAGAAUACCCAUUGUGGGCUGUCAAGUGGAAUCGAGAUAGCGCCGACCUUGCUAUCGUGCAUUGA